AGUACGGUGGCCGCGGGGCGGCGGCGACGGGCUCGGCCGGCCGGCGCGGGGCCGCCAUGGGCAACCUGUUUGGCCGCAAGAAGCAGAGCCGGGUCACCGAGCAGGACAGGGCCAUCCUGCAACUGAAGCAGCAGAGGGACAAGCUGAGGCAGUACCAGAAGAGGGUCACACAGCAGCUGGAGAGGGAGCGGGCUCUGGCCAGGCAGCUGCUGCGGGAUGGCAGGAAAGAACGGGCCAAGCUGCUGCUCAAGAAGAAGAGGUACCGGGAACAGCUGCUCGACAGGACGGAGAACCAGAUCAGCAGCCUGGAAGCCAUGGUUCAGAGCAUCGAGUUCACGCAGAUUGAGAUGAAGGUGAUGGAGGGGCUUCAGGUGGGCAACGAGUGUCUGAACAAGAUGCACCAGGUGAUGUCCAUAGAGGAGGUGGAGAGGAUCCUGGACGAGACCCAGGAGGCAGUAGAGUACCAGCGGCAAAUUGAUGAGUUGCUGGCAGGAAACUUUACUCAGGAGGAUGAGGAUGCCAUCCUGGAAGAGCUGAAUGCAAUCACUCAGGAACAAAUCGAGUUACCAGAGGUUCCUUCGGAGCCCCUUCCUGACAUAAACCCAGAAGCCCCUGCCAAGGCCAGAUCCAGGCAGGCAGAGCUGGUGGCAGCUUCAUAACUCCGGCUCUCCAGGGACUCGCAGGGAUUCUCUGAGGACUGGCCCCCAGAGCGUUUGGCUGCGUGUCAACCCUGAGGGCUCCCAGGAGGCCUGAAGGGCUGCGCUGGCCAGUGCAGGUGCUGGUGGCUGGAGCAGCAGCUCACACGGGCCCUGACAUCAGGGCACCACAACGCGAUUCGAGCUUUAGUCUGGAUGCACCGUUGUCCUGCUCUCGUUCUGGAUUAAGUGGACACUCAAAGCCCAGCCAGGCCCGGCUUCAGGCAGCUGUGGUUCCCACAGUGGCCGCAGCCCAAUACUCCUGGUGCUGUUCUCAUGGCUGACCCAGUCCGUGUGACCUGCGCUCUUUUGUGAGGAAGCGCUUCAGACCUUGGGGUCCCUGUUUCCUUCUCUUGUCUCUGCUGCUCCAAGCUGGUGGGGGGCUUCAGUUAAGGGCUUCUCACCGUGCCUGGCCUCCUGAUGCCCCUCAGUUUCCCUACAGGCUAGUGACAGAAACCCUAGGGUACUGGUGUUCUCCAAAUCUCUCGGAGCAUCUUCUUUGGCACCUCAGACUUGAGCCUCUUAUGUUUUGGGGAGGUGGACCAGGGGCCAUCACUGCUGAAUGGACAAAUCUAAGAGCCUGACUUGGGGUCUUCACAGAAGAAAGUCAUCUUGAAGGAGGUGACAAGACCCUGUUCCAAUGGGUAUGCACCCCAUGGAAUCUGGACACACAGCUGCCAGUCCCUAAGCCACCAGUGCCCUGGAGGAGCAGAGCUUGGAGGUGACUUUCAGGGUCCUGUGCUUGUUUGACAGGGGACAGUCCCUGAUCCUCAGGUCCUUGAGGACCACAGGGCUUUCUGUCCUUUCAGGGCCCACCAGGAAAGGACAUCUCUUCCUUAACCCAGAACGGGUCAACCCCAGUAUUAAAGUUGGCCCCUGCAUGGUC